GAAGUUGUUUGGGGGCAGGGCAGAGGGCAACAGUGGAGGUUAAAGACGAUACAAGCACAGGACAGGACUUUAGGGAGAUGAGAAGGGGGCUGGUAUCUUAUAUAAUGCAGGCAGGAUUAGGAAAUAGUUGUUUUAAUUAAUUUAUUUAAGGCCAAUCCGUAUUCAGUUACAUACGCCGACACAGUAGGUGGUGGUAUGCACCGAUCCGCCAUUUAACACACAGAAGAAGAAGAAGAAGAAGAAGAAGAAGAAGAAGAAGAAGAAGAAGAAGAAGAACAACUAUUUGUUUGGAAAAUGGCGGGUGCUUUGAAGGAAGAACAUCUUGCACGACAUGUUUAUGCUUCAUUACAGGCUGUAUCUUGUCCCUUGGUGGAAGGUUUGUACCUGCAGGAAGCGGACAGCAUGCUGCAGCUGCUGUGUACUCCCUCUCAGCACCGCACCGACAUACUGGCAUGGAUCUGCGGCAGUAUCAACCCAAACUUUGCCAAUUCCAAAGCGAUGUCAGUAAGAGCCAAAGACCCAGAUGUUUUGACUAAAGAAAUGGCUGUGCUUGGGCAGGAGCUGAUGCUGUGCAGAGCAGAUGACCUGGACCUGAUCAAGGGUGAUUCAAGUCCUCACCGGCAGCUUCAGUUCCAGGAGCAGCUAUUAACUUUAGUACCUGGCUGCAAGAAGUCUGCAGGCCACAGAAUGGAUCCAGAGAUGCUCCUGAAUGAGCUCUACGCUGCUGAGAACCUGCCUCACUUCACACAUAUGCUCAAACCAACACUCGAUCCCUGGCCUGCACACAUCAAGGCUUUAAGCAAGGGCACCAAGUCAUCUCAUAAGCCGAGUAGAGAAGAGGCUGCUGAUGUUGCCACCCUUCUACAGCUGACGCGAUCAACACUGGAGCAGCUACAGUCAGAGUGUGAAUUCCUGAGCAAUGAGGCACAGAGUCCUGGUGUCUUCUCUCCAAGCUCCCUGCGCGUGGCGGCAUGUGACUUCCAGCAGUUGAUGGCUACCUUCAGCCAUGUUUUCGAAACAGACUUGAGAACUUACUGCAGUAGAGAUCCCCCCAGCUUCAGCACAGAGACUGUUGUCUUCCAGAGGAUACACCAAUUACUGCUGGCAUUCAUGAUGGAGUUGGAAAUGCUAAAGGAAGUAUCAGAAGCUUCUGUAUCUGUGAAUGAGGAUGUGAACCAGCUAGAAACACAGCCUUGCUACCAAAGCCGAGGAGAGAGGCGCAAGUUACCUGAGCAAUUGGAGGAACUUAGGAGGCGAAUUAGAGACUUUUCCGCCCUGCUUCAUUCCUGAUGGCAUCAUGCAGUACACAUACACUGGCAAAAAAUCAAACCAUCUGGGUGAAUGUUGUGUUAAAAUUGUACAGGUCAAACAGAAUUGUGACCAAAUGUGAGUACAUGUAUGGUGAUGGAAACUGUUGCACAGUCACAUUUCAGCAGACCAGCACUCAUGUUUCUGUGUGUGUCAUAGAGAACUAAUGCUGUUAGAUGAAAUCAUACAAACCAUGUUUAUUAUUCUAACUUCAGUAUAACUGAGGUGUUGGGGAGGUUUGUGUGAACAUUCACAUCAUAAUUGGCAACAACAUAUUCUUUGUAAUUAACAUGAAUUGCUCUACAGUGUCAAGCAGAGGGGCUUCAGUGAGGUGGGUGUCUGUUUUGUUGGGAUAAUGGUGAUUCUAAAUGUUUGUUUUGUCAUCCUAACACAUUGGAUUGUCCUCUGCAGUACUCAAGUGUAAAUGUUCAUAUGGUAUUUCUGAAUAAAUUUAAAUGUUUAGAUUUA